AUGAAAAUAGCUUGUGUUACUUAUGAAAACGAUAUUUAUGCAUCAUCAAUUGAAAAUGAAGAUAUUAUACUUGUACAAUAUCUUCAAGAAAAAGAUAUUGAUAUAAAAAUUGAAAUUUGGACAGAUCCUGAUGUAAACUGGAAAACCUAUGAUUUAAUUAUAUUGAAAUCAACAUGGGAUUAUCAUUAUAAGAUAGAUCAAUUUUAUACAUGGUUAACAAUGUUAAGAUGUCAAAACAUACGUAUUUUAAAUCCAUAUGACAUAAUAAAAUGGAAUAGUGAUAAACAUUAUUUGCAACAUAUUGCAGAUGCUGGAUUAAAUAUUAUACCAACUUUUUGGUUGAAAAAAAAUGAAAAACUAGACUUAAUUAAGUAUUUUAAAGUUUUAUCUACUGAAAAAUUAGUGAUAAAACCAUCUAUUAGUGCAAGUGCAGUUAAUACAUUUGUAUAUAAUCAAGACGAUAUUAUUCAAGCAAUACCAAAAAUUGAUCGAUUACUUCAAGAACAAGAUUUCAUCAUACAGCCUUUUAUGAAAGAAAUACAAACAAUGGGUGAAUGGUCAUUUAUAUUUUUUAAUGGAGAAUUUAGUCAUAGUGUAUUAAAAAUACCUAAAUCAGGUGAUUUUAGAGUACAAAGAAGUUUUGGAGGAAUAGCACAUUUUAAAUCUGCACCUAAUCACUUAAUACAAUAUGUGAAAGAAUAUGUUGAAAUAUUCGCAAAAGAUUGUCUUUUUGCUCGAAUAGAUGGCUUAGACAUUGGUGGACAAUUUUUUUUGAUGGAAUUAGAACUUAUUGAACCUUAUCUUUUUUUAUCAAAAGACAAAAAUAGUUUUGAGCGAUUUUACAAAGCACGGAAGCAUAUAUUACAUAUAAACUAA